AUGUUGGAAUUGGGUAAAUUUAUGGGGCGUUUUUUCGUUAUCCGGCGCCUGCAUACUGUGUGGCUCUCUCGCAGUGUUUCUUGUGUAGAGUGACUCAGAUUGUGUCUCUCCCUCUCCCUCUACCACCAUCGUUUAAAACAGCUUAAAUAACAUUAUGCCCUCCCUACCCAAAUGCCUUCUUAACAAAUGCUAUGCUUUCUCUGUGUUUCACUAAGCUGUUGACAUUAAACUCUGGAUUUGGCUGAAUGAGCUCCCAUGCCUUUACUGGCAGAGAUUGCUACUGCCCAGCCUGCGUUCCAAAGUCACUUUUGUGCACUCAGGGCUCAAACUCUUAUUCAUGGUAAACUAUCAUCGAUUCCUUAUGGAUUUUCCUGUGCUUGGAAAUCCUGGGGCCUAUCUAAAGAACUAAACUUUGAUGUGAGACACCUCGAGGUGCGAAGGGGUAGACUCCUGAUUAAGGCAGUUGCUACUCUUGAACCCAAGGGUUUGGUUCAGAAUAAAAAUGGACAGAAGGGUUGCGAUGUACCACCUGUUGCUAACAGCUCAAGUUUCCAGACAAUUGAACUCGAGUCUUCAAGCGAAGAUUUGAAUGAAUUGAAUGAAAGAGAGAGAUUGAGAAGAUUGAGAAUCUCUAAAGCAAAUAAGGGUAACACUCCAUGGAACAAAGGCAGGAAGCACAGUGCUGAAACCCUUCAACGGAUCAGAGAGAGAACAAAGCUUGCAAUGCAGGAUCCUAAGGUCAAAAUGAAGUUAAGUAGCCUUGGACAUGCCCAGAGCAAAGAGACAAGGAUGAAAAUUGCAGUUGGAGUACGAAUGGGGUGGCAAAAGCGACGCGAGAAGCUGAUGGUGCAGGAAGGCUGCUGCUUUGAGUGGCUGAACCUAAUUGCAGAAGCUUCUAGACGAGGCUUUGUUGGUGAAGAAGAGUUGCAGUGGGACUCCUACAGGAUCUUGGAUGAACAGCUCAAGGAGGAGUGGUUAGAGAGUGUUGAACAGAGGAGAAUAAUGCCCAGGCUAAAAGGCAGCAGGAGAGCACCAAAGUCCCUUGAGCAAAGGAGGAAAAUUUCAGAAGCCAUCUCUACAAAAUGGGCUGAUCCUGAGUACCGUGAUAGGGUUUGUUCUGGCUUGGCUAAAUAUCAUGGUAUACAACCUGGUGCUGAAAGAAAACCAAGGAGAAGUCCAAGUGGUGGUGCACGUACGCCUAGAAGGAGACAACCCAUAAAGAAAAGAGCUAGUGAUAUUAACAAUUAUUCUACAGGUGUGAGUAAAAUCCAAAAUCAGCGACCAAGGUUGAGGAGGAAUAGUCCACCCCUGUACAAAGAUCCCCUGGCUAGUUCUAAGCUGGAGAUGAUAAAAGACAUCAGAGCAAAGAGAGCAGUUGCAGACACCCAGAAAACUGAAGCCAUUGAACGAGCAAGGCUAUUGAUUUUUGAAGCUCAGAAGGCUGCCAAGGCCCUUGAGGUUGCUGCAAUGAAGAGCCCUGUUGCUCGAGCUUCUCUGUUGGAAACCAGAGAGCUUAUAGCUGAAGCAAUCCAAUCGAUUGAAUCCAUAGAGACUGGUCAGAUCACUUCCCAUGAGAAUGGCGGUUACCCUUCAGUUGCCUCAAAUGAACUGAUUAGCAAGGUUCAGAAGGAUACAAGGAUAGAAGUCAACGGGACCCCAAUCCUGCCAAGUAAGGAUGAGGACUUUAACCUAAGCAAGUUCACCUUGCAUGAUUUUUUGAAUAAUGAGGAGAAACUUCUACCAACCAGCUUCAGUGGCUCUAGUUCGUCUCCUUUUAGUUUUGAGAAUAUAAUGAAGCAAUCGAAUUCAAGAAAUGUCCCUGACCAGCCAGAACCAAAUGGGAGUAGAGACUGUGGAAAAGACCCGCUACCAAAUGGAGCCCAUGUUCAGUCCCUGAAGGAGGAGGAAACACCUGAAUCGGUUACUGUAACGAAAAAAUGGGUUUGUGGAAGGCUCAUUGAAGUGGCAGAAGGAACUUAGUGUUGGCGCAAGAACAUCAUAAUCUAUAGUACGACAUUUAUCUCAGUAUUUGGAACAUAUGAAUGUAUAACGCUAGUAUUGAUCACAGCUGUUUCAACGCAUGUAGUUGGCUACUGCAGUCAGCAUGUGUAGUAGGCGUUGUGGUUCAUACUACAGUAUUUGAAGCAAUGUUAGUGCCAACAUUAAUGUAGGUUAGUAACAAGCUUUAUCCAUGUUUCUAUUGAACCGUUGAAUAUAUUUCCCUCUUUUUCUUAUGGAUCAAGAUACUUCAGAAAUCAUUGGGAAUUCUAUUCAGUAGAGUUCUUUAAAUCAAUAAAACAUGGAUUUUUCUAAUUU